AUGCUUCUAGAGCCCUUGGAUAUGCAACGUCCACUGGUUGUGCUGAUUUUGGGAAUCACCACAAUCCUCCUUUACCACAUCUACCGCACAUAUUCGCAGUUGCAGCACAUUCCCGGUCCUCUACUUGCAAAAUUUACCAACUUCUAUCGCUUUUUCCUCGCACGUCAUGGCCGCCUCCACCUCCACCAAGACCGAGCUCACCAACGUUAUGGCCCCGCAGUUCGUUUCGGGCCCAACCUAGUAUGCAUUUGUGACCCGGAGGCCAUUCAAACGAUUUUCAACCUGCGCGGUGGAUUUUCAAAAAGCAAUAUGUACCGCGCUUUCCGGCCCUGGACCACUGAUGGCCUGCUGUUAUCUGUCUUCACCGCAGAGGAUGACGCGGCAAAUCGAGAAAUGAAGCAACACAUCUCUGUUUAUUACUCGCUCUCGUACGCUGUAUCUACCUUUGAGCCAAGAAUGGACCGUGCGUCGCGAAUGUUCUUCGACGAGCUUGAUCGCCGAUUUGUGCCCACCAGCGCACAAUUUGACGUGACGCAGUGGAUGAAGUUUUUAUCCUACGAUACCAUGGGCCUGAUGACAUUCUCCAGGCCAUAUGGCUACAUCCAGCAUGGAAGAGACUUACACGGCAUCAUGGACGAUGUUAAGAGGGCAAACCUGAUCAUCGGACCCAUGACACAGAUACCAUGGCUAGAUUGGCUCUUGCAUAAAAAUUGGGUAGCAAACCUUUUCAAACGCGAAGCCAUUGCUCCUCUGCUGGACUAUGUACUGGCGCGUAUCUCAGAGCGUCGGGAACAACGUCGAGAGAAUCCAAAAUCGCACCCUAAUGCAAAUGUCGACGGACCAAUUGCCGAAGGAGACUUCCUCGGGUAUUAUCUCAAUGCCCAGGAGAAGAAGGAGAAUGUGCCACUUCGAUUUGUGUCUACCUGGGCUUUUGCCAAUAUUCUUGGUGGAGCUGACUCCACGGCUUCCAUGCUUCGAUCUGUGGUCUGUUUUCUAGCAGAAAACCCUGACGCACUAAAAGCAGUACGAGCCGAGCUAACAGAUAUACAACGCACUGCCACCGGGCUCACUCUACCUUUUCCACAAUGGCAUGAGCUGCAGGACCUUCCCUUCCUAGAUGCCUGUAUUAAAGAGUCACUUCGGCUUGACGCUCCAUUUGCUAUGCCUCUUGAACGAGUAGUCCCAGCAGAGGGAGCCACAAUCUGUGGUCAUUUUUACCCUGGAGGUACCGUGGUUGGCAUGAGUCCAUAUAUCACUAACCGCUAUAAGCCAGCCUGGGGUGAUGAUGCGGAUCAGUGGCGUCCCCAUCGCUGGUUAGAAGGCGAACCGUCGCAUAUCAGAAAGCUUGAAGCCAGUCUGCUUAGUUUCGGAGCCGGGACUCGAGGCUGUUUAGGCCAGCAUGUCGCCCUUUUUGAAAUCAAAAAAUUCGUCACGGCCCUUUUCAUGAAUUACGAUAUCCAUCUUGUCGAACCUCGAGCGAAGUCCAAUCCGUAUUACUGGGUAGUAUACCCAGAGAGCGUGCAGGCGACGGUUAGAAAAUGCGAGUUCAAAUAG